AUGUUAAUAUUCUUAUUUGUAUUAACUUUUUUACGAUUAACCGUUGGAAUAGGUGUGUGUACAUUUGAUCGACCUUUAUUGGGUGAAUAUUAUUCAUAUGAAAAUGGCCUUGAAACUCAUACAUCAUUUAAAGAAAAUGGAGAUAUUGAUAGACUUUUUUAUCGUCGUGAAUCAGGUGCUGGUGCAACUAGAAAAGAUAGUGGAGGUCUUUUAGUUAGUAAAGAUAUUGGUGAAUGUUUUCAAUUAACUCUUAAACGAAAUUAUUAUGAACUUAUUUAUCGUGACAAAUCUCAAUCUUGUUUUCAAUGUUAUCAAAUGUUUAAUCGAACAAAAAAUAUUAUUCAAAUACGAAUAAGUUCAUGUGAAGCAAUAACUUCUUUAAUAACAAAUCAAAUGAAUUUUGAUGAAUUGUGUCGAACUAUUGAUGAACGAAGUGAAUUUAUAACACUUUUUUCAAAAAGCUAUACAGCGGAAGAAUGUCGUCGAACAAUCUAUGGAACAUAUCAUUUUACAUACGAAUUUCGUGAAGGUGGUAUUGGCAUUUGUGAUAAUCCAACCUCACGUUUAAUAUCUUGUCCUGAUCCUGGAACUCCAUUUGAAGCAAUAAAUCAACGUUUUAGAAUGGUAUAUGGAUAUUGUAAACAUUUGACAUCUUCGUUUGAUGCUGAUCAAUUAAAUCAAUGUCUUGGUUCAUGGAUAACUAAUGAUGGAAAUAUAAUAACUGCCAUUGCUAAUGAACGUGUUGGAUCAGAACGUUGGUAUGAUAAAUUUCGUUGUAUGUUAUCACGAAAAGAUCAACCACAAUGGUUUGCCAAAUCUUUAUUUGCUGAAUGUUCUUCUUUAUCAAGUCCAACAGAUGGACCAGAAAAAGUUAUUAUUACACCUAUCAUUCCAGAAGAACCAACAGCAUCAUGUUAUUUUCCAAGCAAUUUAACAGGUCAAUGGAUAAAUACCGCAAAUGUAAAUGCUCGUGUAUUGAUAAAUGCAACACAUAUACAUGAAAUAGCCAAAGUUAAUAAUCGUGGUUGGCUAAGAGAAACUUAUUAUGUUUGUCAACAAACAUCUCGUAGUCAAUAUUUAGUUAAAUCUGUUACCAAAGGAGAAUGUUUUUCAUAUUAUAUUUGUUUCGAUUUUAAAGAUCGUCAUCAUAAUAUACUAAGAUAUAGAAAAUCAAAAUCAUUUAUGUCGAAUUUAUAUAAUUUAUUUCCAAAUCGUGAUCCGUUUUAUGAAGUUUGUUCAUGGGCAAGUUUUGGUAAUGAUGCCAAUUGGAAAUAUCAAGUUUUUGUUUUGGAUCCUCCAGCACCUAUUGAAUGUCCAUUUACUGGUAUGUGGACAUUUAAACAAGUUGGACAACCUAAUUCAUUAAUUCAAACAAGAAUUCGUGGUGGUAUAACACCUCGACCACGUGAUCAUGGUUGGUAUAUAACAUGUGAUCCACAAUAUAUGGUAUCACAAUGGACAAUAUGUGGUGAUCAAACAAAAUCCAUGUUUGCUGAUCGUGAAUAUUGUCGACAAUUAGAUCCAUAUGGAACACCCAUUGGUGUUUAUGAACAACCAGAUUAUAUAUAUCAAUGUGCUGGUUAUUGGAGAGAAGAUUCUCGAUCAAUGAUGGUUACAUAUGAUCGUGAUGAUCCUUAUAAUAAUUAUAAAUGUUGGGUUUAUGAAAGAAGAGAUUUAACAACGAUAACAUUAUCAAGAUCAGCUGGUUCAGCUUGUGGUUUUAAUCAAACAUCUGAAAGUUAUAAAUCGGAUGAUGGUGCUGAUCUUGCUGUAACACUUAUUGAAGCUGAAAGAAUUCAUGAUGAUUGUCCAAUUCGUUAUGAUGAUGGUCGAAAUGUAUUUAUUGAUUUAGAAGAAUUUCAUUUUUACUAUGCCAAAUCUUCAAUGAUUCAUCUGAGCAAAUUAAAAAGUCAAAUAUUGUGUACAUUCGAUCGUCCAUUAUUGGGUGAAUAUUAUUCGUAUGAAAAUGGUCUUGAAACUCAUACAUCAUUAAAAGAAAAUGGAGAUAUUGAUAGACUUUUUUAUCGUCGAGAAUCAGGCCGUGGUGCUACUGCUAAUAUAAUAACAGUUCUUGAUAAUCAUGCUAUGGGAGAAUGUUUUAAUCUCAUUUGGAGAGAAAAUCCGUUUGAUCAUGUUUCAAAACAUCAUUUUGAACUUAUUUACAGAGAUAAGGAAAAAUCAUGUUAUCAAUGUUAUCAACUAUAUAAUCGAACACGAAAUAUUCUUCAAAUAAGAAAAAGUGAAUGUAAUGAAAUAACAUCAAUUGUAACAAAUCAAAUGAAUUUUCAAGAUCUUUGUGCAAGUAUUAAUCUAGAUGCUGAUUUUGAUACAUUAUUUUCAAAAACAUAUUCAGCUGAAGAAUGUCGUGCAACAAUAUAUGGAACAUAUCAUUUUACAUAUGAAUUUCGUGAAGGUGGUAUUGGUAUAUGUGAUAAUCCAAUAUCACGUUUAGUAUCAUGUCCUGAUCCUGGAACUCCAUUUGAAGCUGUUAAUGAACGUUUUUGGAUGACAUAUGGUUAUUGUCGAGAUCUUGUUUCAUCCAUUGAUGCACAACCACUUUAUCAAUGUUUGGGUUAUUGGAUUAAUGAUAAAGGUGAUGUAUUUACUGGUAUUGCUAAUGAACGUGUUGGAUCAGAACGUUGGUAUGAUAAAUUUCGUUGUAUGUUAACACGUCAAGAUCAACCCCAAUGGUUUGCUAAAUCUUUAUUUGCUGAAUGUGCUCGACUUUAUUCACCAACUGAUGGACCAGAAAAAGUUAUUAUAACACCUAUUAUUCCGGAAGUUCCAACACCAACUUGUUUUUUUCCCAGAUAA